UGGCCGAGGGCGGCGUGGGCCGGGCCAGGGCCGGGGCCCGGGCGCCCCCAGGUGCCUGGACUUCAGCGCCGGCGGGGCAGGCCGUGCUCGGCAGGAGGGGCGGGUGCCGCGUGCGUCCGAGGACCCGGCCAGACGGCUUGCGCCCGCUCAGGAUGAAGACGCGCUGGACGACCCCUCGCCGCGUGGUGGGGCUCCUCAUACUUCUCCUCUGUUGCUUCGAGCUCGCAGAGCCCUCUGGCCACGCAGGUAAUGACCCCUUCACCAUCGUCCAUCAAAACUCAGGCAAGUGCAUCAAGCCACUGAAUAGCUGGAUAGUAGCAAAAGACUGUGAUGAAACUGGGGACAUGUUAUGGAAGUGGGUGUCCCAGCAUCGGCUCUUUCAUUUGAAAUCCCAGAAGUGCCUUGGCCUAGAUAUUACCAAACCAGUGGAUUUCUUGCGAAUGUUCAGCUGUGACUCCAGUGCCAUGCUGUGGUGGAAAUGUGAGCACCACUCUCUGUAUGGUGCUGCCCAGUAUCGGCUGGCUCUCAAGAAUGGACACGGCACGGCAAUCUGGAAUGCAUCUGAUGUCUGGAAGAAAGGAGGCUCAGAGGAAAGCCUUUGUGAUCAGCCUUAUCAUGAGAUCUAUACCAAAGAUGGGAACUCCUAUGGGAGACCUUGUGAAUUUCCAUUCUUAAUUGAUGGGACCUGGCAUCAUGAAUGCAUCCUUGAUGAAGAUCAUAGUGGGCCAUGGUGUGCCACCACGUCCAAUUAUGAAUAUGACCGAAAGUGGGGCAUCUGCUUAAAGCCUGAAAAUGGUUGUGAAGAUAAUUGGGAAAAGCAUGAACAGUUUGGAAGUUGCUACCAAUUUAAUACUCAGGCAGCUCUUUCUUGGAAAGAAGCUUAUGUUUCAUGUCAGAAUCAAGGAGCUGAUUUACUGAGCAUCAACAGUGCUGCUGAAUUAACUUACCUUAAAGAAAAAGAAGGCAUUGCUAGAAUUUUCUGGAUUGGUUUAAAUCAACUGUACUCUGCUAGAGGCUGGGAAUGGUCAGACCACAAACCAUUAAACUUUCUCAACUGGGACCCAGAUAGGCCCAGUGCACCUACCAUAGGUGGGUCCAGCUGUGCAAGAAUGGAUGCCGAGUCUGGUCUGUGGCAGAGCUUUUCCUGUGAAGCUCAACUGCCCUAUGUCUGCAGGAAACCAUUAAAUAAUACAGUGGAGUUAACAGAUGUCUGGACAUACUCAGAUACCCGCUGUGAUGCAGGCUGGCUGCCAAAUAAUGGAUUUUGCUAUCUGCUGGUAAAUGAAAGUAAUUCCUGGGAUAAGUCACAUACAAAAUGCAAAGCCUUCAGUAGUGACUUAAUCAGCAUUCAUUCUCUAGCAGAUGUGGAGGUGGUUGUCACAAAACUCCAUAAUGAGGAUGCCAAAGAAGAAAUAUGGACAGGCCUUAAGAACAUAAACAUACCAACUUUAUUUCAGUGGUCAGAUGGCACUGAAGUUACUCUCACAUUUUGGGAUGAGAAUGAGCCAAAUGUUCCCUACAAUAAGACGCCCAACUGUGUUUCCUACUUAGGAGAGCUAGGUCAGUGGAAAGUCCAAUCAUGUGAGGAGAAACUAAAGGGAGAAAAACUGAAUGACACAAGUUCUGAUAAGAUGUGUCCUCCAGAUGAGGGCUGGAAGAGACAUGGAGAAACCUGUUACAAGAUUUACAAGGAUGAGGUCCCUUUCGGAACAAACUGUAAUCUGACUAUCACCAGCAGAUUUGAGCAAGAAUACCUAAAUGAUUUGAUGAAAAAGUAUGAUAAAUCUCGAAGAAAAUACUUCUGGACUGGCCUGAGAGAUGUAGAUUCUCGUGGACAGUAUAAUUGGGCAACUGUUGGUGGAAGAAAGCAGACUGUAACCUUUUCCAACUGGAAUUUUCUUGAGCCAGCUUCCCCAGGUGGCUGUGUGGCUAUGUCUACUGGAAAGUCUCUUGGAAAAUGGGAGGUAAAAGACUGCAGAAGCUUCAGAGCACUUUCAAUUUGCAAGAAAAUAAGUGGACCCCUUGAGCCUGAAGAAGCAGCCCCUAAGCCUGAUGAACCCUGUCCUGAAGGCUGGCAGAGUUUGCCCUCAAGCCUUUCUUGUUAUAAGGUAUUCCAUACAGAAAGAAUUGUGAGAAAGAGGAACUGGGAAGAAGCCGAACGAUUCUGCCAAGCCCUUGGAGCACACCUUUCUAGCUUCAGCCAUGCGGAUGAACUAAAGGAUUUUCUUCACUUUUUGAUGGACCAGUUCAGUGGCCAGCACUGGCUGUGGAUUGGUUUGAAUAAAAGGAGCCCAGAUUUACAAGGAUCCUGGCAAUGGAGUGAUCGUACACCUGUGUCUACUGUUAUCAUGCCAAAUGAGUUUCAGCAGGAUUAUGACAUCAGAGAUUGUGCUGCUGUGAAGGUCAUUCAUAGGCCAUGGCGAAGAGGUUGGCAUUUCUUUGAUGACAGAGAAUUUAUUUAUUUGAGGCCUUUUGCUUGUGAUACAAAACUUGAAUGGGUGUGCCAAAUUCCAAAAGGCCACACUCCAAAAACACCAGACUGGUACAAUCCAGAGCGUGCUGGGAUUCAUGGACCUCCACUUAUAAUUGAAGGAAGUGAAUAUUGGUUUGUUGCUGAUGUUCACCUAAACUAUGAAGAAGCUGUCCUAUACUGUGCCAGCAAUCACAGCUUUCUUGCUACUGUAACAUCUUUUGCAGGACUAAGAGCCAUCAGAAACAAAAUAGCAAAUAUAUCUGGUGCUGAACAGAAGUGGUGGAUGAGAACUAGUGAGGAGCCAAUAGAUCAUUAUUUUUCAUACUCACGACAUCCAUGGCACCGCUUUCAUGUGACAUUUGGAGAGGAAUGCUUGUACAUAUCUCCCAAGACUUGGCUUAUGGACUUAGGUAAACCAGUAGACUGUAGUACCAAGUUGCCCUUCAUCUGUGAAAAAUAUAAUGUUUCUUCAUUAGAGAAAUACAGCCCAGAUUCUGCAGCUAAAGUGCAAUGUUCUGAGCAUUGGAUUCCUUUUCAGAAUAAGUGUUUUCUGAAGAUCAAACCCAUGUCUCUCACAUUUUCUCAAGCAAGUGAUAUCUGUAACUCAUAUGGUGGUACCCUUCCUUCAGUGUUGAGCCAGACUGAACAAGAUUUUAUUACAUCCUUGCUUCCGGAUAUGGAAGCUACUUUAUGGAUUGGUUUGCGCUGGACUGCCUAUGAAAGGAUAAACAAAUGGACAGAUAACAGAGAACUGACAUACAGUAACUUUCACCCAUUACUGGUUAGUAGGAGGCUGAGAUUACCAGAAAACUUUUUCGAUGAAGAGUCCCGCUACCACUGUGCCCUAAUACUCAACCUCCAAAAAUCACCUUUUACUGGGACGUGGAAUUUUACAUCCUGCAGUGAACGCCAUUUUGUGUCUCUCUGUCAGAAAUAUUCAGAAGUUAAAGGCAGACCGACCUUGCAGAAUGUUUCAGAAACUGUAAAGUAUCUAAAUAAUCUGUACAAAAUAAUCCCGAAGACUCUGACUUGGCACAAUGCUCAAAGGGAGUGUCUGAAAAAUAACAUGCAACUGGUGAGCAUCACGGACCCUUACCAGCAGGCAUUCCUCAGCGUGCAGGCGCUCCUUCAAAACUCUUCCUUAUGGAUCGGACUCUCCAGUCAAGACGAUGAACUCAACUUUGGUUGGUCAGAUGGGAAACGUCUUCAUUUUAGUCGCUGGGCUGAAACUAAUGGGCAACUUGAAGACUGUGUAAUAUUAGACACUGAUGGAUUCUGGAAAACAGUUGAUUGUGAUGACAAUCAACCAGGUGCUAUUUGCUACUAUUCAGGAAAUGAGACUGAAAAAGAAGUCAAACCAGUUGACAGUGUUAAAUGUCCAUCUCCUGUUCUAAAUACUCCAUGGAUACCAUUUCAGAACUGUUGUUACAAUUUCAUGAUAACAAAAAAUAGACAUAUGGCAACAACACAGGAUGAAGUUCAGUCUAAAUGCCAGACAUUGCAUCCAAAAGCACAUAUUCUGAGUAUUCGAGAUGAAAAGGAGAAUAACUUUGUUCUUGAGCAACUUCUAUACUUCAAUUAUAUGGCUUCUUGGGUCAUAUUAGGAAUCACUUAUGAAAAUAAUUCUCUUAUGUGGUUUGAUAAGACCGCAGUGUCAUAUACACACUGGAGAGCAGGAAGACCAACUAUAAAAAAUGACAAGUUUUUGGCUGGCUUAAGUACUGACGGCUUCUGGGAUAUUCAAACCUUUAAUGUUAUUGAAGAAAUGCUUUAUUUUCACCAGCACAGCAUUCUUGCUUGUAAAAUUGAAAUGGUUGACUACAAAGAAGAAUAUAAUACUACACUGCCACAGUUUAUGCUAUAUGAAGACGGUAUUUAUAGUGUUAUUCAAAAAAAGGUAACAUGGUAUGAAGCAUUAAACAUGUGUUCUCAAAGUGGAGGCCAUUUGGCAAGUGUUCACGACCAAAAUGGCCGGCUCUUUCUGGAAGAUAUUGUAAAACGUGAUGGAUUUCCACUAUGGCUUGGGCUCUCCAGUCAUGAUGGAAGUGAAUCAAGUUUUGAAUGGUCUGAUGGCAGUACAUUUGACUACAUCCCAUGGAAAGGCCAAACAUCUCCUGGAAAUUGUCUUCUCUUGGAUCCAAAAGGAACUUGGAAACGUGAAAAAUGCAACUCUGUUAAGGAUGGUGCUAUUUGUUAUAAACCUACAAAACCUAAAAAGCUGUCCCAUCUUACAUAUUCAUCAAGAUGUCCUGCAGCAAAAGGGAAUGAGUCACGGUGGAUCCAGUACAAGGGUCACUGUUACACGUCUGAUCAGGCAUUGCACAGUUUUUCAGAGGCCAAAAAAUUGUGUCCAGAACGUGAUCACUCUGCAACUAUCGUUUCCAUAAAGGAUGAAGAUGAGAAUAAAUUUGUGAGCAGACUGAUGAAGGAAAAUAAUAAUAUUACCAUGAGAGUCUGGCUUGGAUUAUCUCAACAUUCUGUUGACCAGCCUUGGAGUUGGUUAGAUGGAUCAGAACUGACAUUUUUCAAAUGGGAAAAUAAAAGUAAGAGAGGUGUUGGAAAAUGUAGCAUGUUGAUAGCUUCAAAUGAAACUUGGAAAAAAGUCGAAUGUGAACAUGGCUUUGGAAGAGUUGUCUGCAAAGUGCCUCUGGACUGUCCUUCAUCUGGUUGGAUUCAGUUCCAAGACAGUUGUUACAUUUUUCUCCAAGAAGCCAUCAAAGUAGAAAGCAUAGAGGAUGUCAGAAAUCAGUGUACGGACCAUGGAGCAGACAUGAUAAGCAUACAUAAUGAAGAAGAAAAUGCUUUUAUAUUGGAUACUUUGAAAAAGCAAUGGAAAGGCUCAGAUGAUAUCCUACUGGGCAUGUUUUAUGACACAGAUGAUGCGAGUUUCAAGUGGUUUGAUCAUUCAAAUAUGACAUUUGAUAAGUGGACAGACCAAGAUGAUGGUGAGGAUUUAGUUGAUACCUGUGCUUUUCUGCACAUCAAGACAGGUGAAUGGAAAAAAGGAAAUUGUGAAGUUUCUUCUGUGGAAGGAACACUAUGCAAAACAGCUAUCCCAUACAAAAGGAAAUAUUUAUCAGAUAACCACAUUUUAAUAGGAUUGGUGAUUGCCAGCACAGUAAUUUUGACAGUUUUGGGAGCAAUCAUUUGGUUCCUGUACAAAAGACAUUCUGAUUCUCAUUUUACCACAGUUUUUUCAACUGCAUCCGAAUCACCUUAUAACGAAGACUGUGUUUUGGUAGUUGCAGAAGAAAAUGAAUAUCCUGUUCAAUUUGACUAAGCUUUUGGUAAUCUUGCACUAAGAUAUCAACAAAAUGCCUUGGCCGAGAUUCUUGGGAAGGAUUUUAAUAUAAAACUUGACAUUGGAUCUUAGAACUUUAAUGGUAUUCCUUAUUUUAGUAACAUUAUUUUUAUGUAUUCAUCUGUUGUGACAAAAAUUUUUAGGUUCAUCAUAGAAUCAGGUUUUAGAAAUGAUCAUAGAUCUAAUGCAGUGAUUUCAACCACCUCGUCAAAUGCAGAAUGUCACUUGAAUGAAGGAAAGCUUUAAGCCCAAGAAGCAGAUAAAAAUAAAUGCCUAGCCUAUUUGUCUUGCCUGAUGUAUCUUCCCUUCUAUUUACUUAUAUGUUUAUUAGUAAAUAAUGGGGAAUAAGUGAUUUUAAGUAUAUCCCAUACAUUUAAAUAUCUUUGAUAAUGGUUACUUUGGCAGGUAAUUCCUCUAGAAUAUAUAUCUCCUUUUAUGAUUUAGAUGAAGAAAAUUUUACAACUUUUACAACACCCCUUAAUUUUAGUUUCAUUACUUUUACACACACCAUUUUAUCACGAUUCAAGUUUUAAUGGAAGUUUAUAAAUUUUUUCAAACAAAAUAUGAUGGCUGUGUCCAGGAAGGCAUGGAGAAAGCUGGCAAUUAGGUUAACAUAUAUCAGAGUGCCACUUUAAGGAUUUCUCUCCUGCCACCAUACCUUUUGUACCUUCCCCUAUACAAGAUAUAUCUCAUUCUCCUCAUUUAUUAAUUUUUCUUUCAAAGACAUGAAAACUGUAAGCUAAAACCAAAGACACUAAGUAUAACUGUGGUGAUGAUGAUCAAAGUUUUUAGUACAUUUAUUGUACAUUUUAAGAAAAAGGUGAAAAUCAUUUGGGGAGUAAAAGAAAAAGCUAAGUGAUUUUCCUCACCAUCAAUAACUCAAAAACAGGCAAGAAUGUAUAGAUUUCAUGUAAAUUAGUUAUGUAUCACUUAUCAAUGGGGACAUGUUUUAAAAAAUGCGUAGUUAAGGAAUCUCUGUGUGAACAUCAGCCUGUACUUACAUAAACCCAGAUGGUAUACCCUAUUUUGUUCCAAAUGUGCACAGCAUAUUACCGUGCUAAAUACUACAGGCAACUGUAACAGUUAAGUAUUUGUGUAUCUAAAUAUAGAAAAGGUAAAAGUAUGGUCUACUAUAGGAACACCGUUCUAUAUGUGUUCCAUUGUUGACUGAAGUAUACUGUUUAUAAGUCUGAAGCUCAAAGAAAAGCAGUCCCUCUCCUGAAUCCACACCCCAUCAAUUAUCUUACUUUCUUGUGGGGAGAUACACUAUCUCACUAGCUUGACUAAUGGCAACAAAGUCCCAGCUUGUGUAAUCUCUUUUUAUUGACCACAUAAAUUGAAAACACGCCUCAUCACAAUUAAUGGCACUAACGAGACAUGAGUAACUAAAAAGUGACAGAAAACUAUCAUCAACAGUGUGGCUACUUGGUAUUGAAAAUGCAGGCAUUACACUAGCUGUUAGACAAUCAUGCUCCGUUAAGAGCUUUACAUUUCUGAGAUUUUGUGUAGUGAUAAAGAAGUCUAUUUUAUUAUUGAUUGGCUAUUAAUGUCAAUAGUGAACAUUACCCUAGAAUUCCUGAUUUUCCUACCCAAAUUCUACCAGUCCUUGAAGAACCACAGGCACAGUAAAAACAUGGUGUAUUAUGGGAACUAAAAGUUCUAAAGGAGUUCUUAAAGGAGUGGUAGAAUUUGGGUAGAAAGUGAUUAAGUCCAACUUAAAACCAACAGUCUCAAACAUUUAGAACUACAAUGUCCGAUGAGCCACUAGCCACAUGAGGCUACUGAAUUUAGUUUAAAAUCCAGUCUCCCAGUAACAUUAGCCACAUUGUCAAGUGUCCAAAUCACAGGUGGUUAGUAGGUACUAUACCAGGCAACAUAGAUUACAGAACUGUUUCAUUAAGGAAGCUUUAUUGGGCUGUGCUGCUCUUAAAUCUUACCUUCUACUCAACUCCCAUACAACUUUCUUCUGCAUGUUUUCAUACUUUCUACCUAAUGGCAGCUCUUCCAAACUAGCUGUUUUAAACUUAUUUAAUUUUCAAUGUUUGGUUUCAUUUUUCAAUAGGGCAAGAGGCCUCUGGUAAUGAAGUGUGUGCGCUCUCUCUCUCUCUCUCUAUAUAUAUAUGACGGAUUCUCGCUCUGUCACCCAGGCUAGAGUGCAGUGGCUUGACCUCGGCUUAAUGCAACCUCUGCCUUGUGGGUUUUCAAGCAAUUCUCCUGCCUCAGCCUCCUGAGUAACUGGGACCACAGACCCCUGCCACCACACCCAGCUAACUUUUUGCAUGUUUGGUAGAGAUGGGGUUUCACCAUGUUGGCUAGGCUGGUCUCAAACUCCUGACCCCAAGUGACCACCCAUCUUGGCGUCUCAAAGUGCUGGGAUUACAUGCAUAAGCCACCCUGCUUGGCCUACAUUUUAAUUUUCUUUAUAUACCUGAACAUCUAUAACAGGCCCCUUAUAUAUUCAUUAGUCAAGAAAUAAUUGGGUUACACAGGUAGGCUUGUUUACUACAUUCAGAAUGUAGAAACUGCUUUCUUCAACAUCUUGGUUCUAGCUAGUAAUAACAAUAUAAUUCUUUGUUUGGCAGAUAUUUAGAAUAACAUUUUAAACUAUAUUUUGUUAGAAAAAUGUAUGGUCUCUUUGAUUCUGAGUUUAAAACUGAUAACCAAUGAAAGCCUUUUCUCUUAUUCCUCUGUCAUUUACAUGAUAAUCUGAAACUAAUAUGACAAUAUUAAAAUACUAAAUGGUACUGGAAAACUACAAGAAUACUGCAAAGCUUCAGCCAUUGUUAUCACUGUCAUUUAGCAUUUAAUGACAAAACUAUAUAGAAUAUCUGAUAUGCAUACCAAUGAAUGUUUUGUACUAGUUAAAAUUUUUAAAUAAAGUUUUACGGGUUAAGCAGAA